AUGCUGGUGCCACAUUUGGAGGAGAUCAGUGCAAAGUUCGAAGGACGUUUUCUGAAAAUGGUGCAAGUCGACGUCACGGACGUUCCUGAGGCUGCGCGAGAGUUUCGCGUGGAUGCUGUUCCGUACUUCCUGGUCCUUCGUGAUGGACAUGUUGUAGAACGACUGGCUGGAAAUGAGCCGAAGGUUGUUGCUGAAACGGCACAGCGGCAUGCCUCUGCCUUUGAGAAGUUGCAGACAGCGCAGUGA